AUGUCUAUAGGUGACGGCGAGUGGGACGCUGUAUCAGUGGUUGUAGCUAUAGCUGUUUUCGCUCUCCCCCUAACACUACUGUUCCCUGGGAUCUCAGUAUGGGAUGUUAUCCCGAAGAUCAGGGUGUCCCGGUUCCAUGUCCUCGAUCAGCACCUCACUUGGUUGCAGCUCAAUGCAUCGAUGAUAUUUGUGAUCGUGAUAUUCUUUUGCUUUUAUCUUGAAAUUAGGAAACGCGAGUUGGAUGAAAUGGUGGAUGGUGUUCUAUCAGUCAGUCAGGCUACUGAAGCUGCUUUGGACAUGGAAUGUGAGAGACAAACAGCAGCUAUACGUGUGUGUGUCAAACUUUUAGAUGCCUCCACUGAACAUUACGAGAACCUCAUGCUACUAAGGGAUGAUCUUCGUAAAAGAGAGAAGACAGUCUUACAGCGUCCACCUGAAAUAUUACCCUCAACUUCUGACAUCAGAAUUUGA